AUGGCCAAGGAUUUGACCAAUGGCGAAUUGGUUGCCAUCAAAUGCUUGACCAAGAAGUCUGCCAACUACGAUAUGGACAUUUCUUUUGCUAUCGAUGAGCAAUCGGAAGAAUUGGCCUGCCACGCUCGUCUAGGAAGCCACCCCAACAUUGUCAACAUGAUCACCUCCUUCGAAACCGAGGCCCACAUCUACAUUGUCCUCGAGUUCUGCUCCCGAGGUGAUUUGUAUGAGGCAAUCCGUACCGGUACCGGACCUCUCGAGACCGAGCGUGUUCGUCAAUUCAUGCUUCAACUGAUCGAUGCUGUUGCCUACAUUCACUCCAAGGGCAUGUACCACCGAGACAUCAAACCAGAGAACAUCUUCCUGACCCAAGCCGGCGAGAUGAAGCUUGGUGACUUUGGUUUGGCUACAUCUGAAGAGUGGACGUAUGAGACCACCGUUGGCAGUGAUCGUUACAUGUCCCCAGAACAAUACGACUCAGCUGGUGCCGGAUACUCUCCAGCUCAUGCUGACAUCUGGGCCAUUGGAAUCUGCCUUCUGAACAUCUUGUUCUCGCGCAACCCAUUCACCGUCCCAACCGAGUCUGAUCCUCUUUUCUUGGAUUUCACUCGUGACAAGCAAUCACUUUUCGAUGUCUUUCCAACCAUGUCACAAGAUACCUACGAGGUUAUCGCACAAUGUAUGAGUUUGGAUCCGCGCAAGCGAUCCCUUGCUGCUGCACGCGAAGCACUUGAGCGUGUUGUCAGCUUUACUACGUUCGAUGAGAGUUUGGAUGACUUUGACUCUGCUACACGUGCUGUUCCCAGCGCCAACAGAGAGCCACUUCGUACUCCUUCUAUCCAAAGUCCACAAAUGGAUACUGGGUCUUUCCCUUGGGCCAAAGCCUUGCACGCCAGCCCACCUCAACAAUUCCGUCAACUCUCCGCCAUCAUGGACGACGAGAGUCUCUACGACACCGAAGAUUUGUUCGAGUCGUCCGAAGACAGCAACAAAGAUUGGUUCUCGGUGGGCGAACAAACUCCAUCACUGGCUUCCGUCCUCAACUCUUCUCUUGGUGCUUCGAUGAAGUCGAUGGCCAUCAGACGCCCAGCCAAGGCCGGACCACCACGUGCCAACCCGACUACCGUCUCCGGAUCUCUGCCAAUCAGCAUGUCCAAGCCAAAGCCUCUUCCAUCGAUGUCUUCCAUCUUUGGUAAGAAGAAUGACAUGGUAUCCAAGAGCUGGAGUGACCUUUGGGAUGAGGAUGAAGAGGAAGAAGAAGUUGAGCAGCAAAUCAAAGCUCGUCAAAUGGCCAACGCAAGAACCUGGAGCCAUGAGAGCAAGACCGAUGAUGAUACGAUUACUCGAGCACCUUUAGAGCCUAAAAGCUCUUCAUUUGUAAAUAUUGCCAAGUCUGUAUCAUCUGCAGACAUCGAUGGAGAUAUUGUUGCGGAUGGUUUUUUCUUUCACGAAGCCCCACGCAAAUCUGUUUCUCCCAUCACACCCGCACGAUAUUCACCACCAUCUAAACGUACCACUUUCGAUAAGUGGGCCGCGCUCGGGGAGCGUCGUCGUGCGAAUACAUCUGAAUCGGAGAGAUCUCCUGAUUUAUGGAAGAGACAGAAGAACGUUGGAUUAGGCUUCACUGGGUUUGGAGCGGGAGUUUGGGAUAAUAAAGUUCAUACUACACCAAUCAAGGAGUACAAUACACCGAUUAAAGACAAGGGACAUGGUUGUCCUUGGGUCAAGGAUCGGGGAGAUAGGGUCCGAGAUAGGCCACACCGGAAAGCUGUUGGACCUCUCGGUGAUUUAGAAUGGGUUGGAGGUUUCACCGACCUUCACUUUGGCGGCGAUAUGGGGCUGUACUAUCCUGGGGCCGUUUUCAUUCUUCCAACACACCUUGACUGUUCCAACAGAUAUGCCAAUGUAGCUACUAGUUUGCAGGAAGGACAUAACUGUUCACCAUAA